AUGGAGCCGGGAGGGUCAGAGAACGCGGCUGCGCUCUGGAUCUCCGAAGGGGGGCGGGGGCCUGGAAGAGGUCCGGGCCCAGAAUGGACCUCCAGGUCCCUGCUGCCGCAAUCUGGCCCUGCCCUCCAGCCUACCCCUUACUCCCAGAGGAAGGGACCCAGGGAGACCCACCCAGAUGCCCUGAAAGGAGGUGGAGGAUGGGGGUGGGGCAAUACGCAGAGUUUGCCUGGUGAAUGCAGAAAAGGGGUGGAGGCUGGAGAGGAAAAGGUUGGAGCAGCCGUCAGCUUGUCAACUCCGCAUCUGCUGGCUGCCUCGGCCGGGCUCCAGCCUGCGCCCUCGCCCCUCGGAACAGCGGUAAGUCCAUUCUCUCCGCAUUCGUCUCCAUCGUUCAGCCACCACCGCACCCUUUCUCUAUUCAUUUCUCCUGCUCCCUUGUCCUGCCCCGCCCCUCGUGCCUUGGUCCAUCGGUCUACACCCAUGGGCCGAGCCCUCCUCACCAAGGUCCUCCUGGAACCGCUCCGGCCUUGGGCUUGUCCGCGGCUCCCACGGUCCCCGCCCGGCGGGGCACAGAGCGGGAGGGGAGGGGCACUAGCACAACCCACCCUGCGCUGCGCAGCUGCACCCCUUCGCUCAUGGGCGUGGCGUAGCUCAGACCCGCCCCCAGCGUUUAGCGUCUUUUGUCACCCACCUAGCAGGUUUGAUAUAUCCUAAGCUUUUGGCCCCUGGGUCCUGCUUCCGUGCAGCGGCUCCUCCCAGCACCCCACCCCGCACAUUCUGGAAAGAGCCAGACUCUGGCUGGGCCGAGCAAGAACAGAACCACAAAAAGGUUACACGAUUAUUUAUUGAGAGCCUCCUCUCCCCGCCCUUGCAGUCUCUAGGUCACUUUCUCCGCUUGUAGAUUUUGCGCGCAAGCCCCAGAAAGAUGGCUGGGGGCAGGGGUGCUGCGUACUGUUCAAUGAGAGCCAUAAUGUGGCUGUAACUGUCUUCCUCAUAUUGCAAGAACACAGCCGGCAGAUCCAGCUCCUCAUAUAGCGCCUUCACCCGGGCCACUUUCUCAGCCUCCUUCUGCCCGUAAUUUUCCUGGAAGGGGUUGGAAGACAGGAAAACGGUCUUGGCCUUCCCCAGAGCCGCCAGGACCCCUCCACUCCCCUCAUUCACAUAUUCCAGAACAUCUCCAAAGCCACCCACUCCUUUCCUCCCUCCAAUUUUCAAGUGUCUCUAGGUAGCUAAGAUCCCAAGCUUCCCUUCCCUAUCCCAAAUAUUGCCUCAGACCAGGCGUCCUCUACUCCAGGGUUUCUCAACCUUGGCACUAUUGAAACUUGGGACUAGAUAAUCCUGUCUGGGGGAGCUGUUCUGUGUGCUACAUGUUUGGCAACAUCUUUGGCUCCUGCCAACUAGAUGUCUGUAC